AUGCAGCAUCAAGAGGCCACGGAGACCUCUCCUCUGCUGGCAAACCCCACCGCUGCUUUGCCAGAUCCUAGUCUCACUCCCAACAGUGUGCCUCCCAGCGAAAUUGGGGCCACUGGGCAUCCAAAUGGAGACGCGAAGCCUGCGGAGGAUGAGGAAAGCCAAACCAACGGCGAGGAUCGAGGUCACCAAUAUGAAGGCAUGCCAGAUGUGAAAGCGAAGCUCUGGUACAUCGUGCCAGCAAUCGGGAUUGGUAUAUUCCUUUCAGCUGCAGACCAGACCAUUAUCGUAUCCUGUUAUGGGAAAAUUGGUAGCGAUUUGAAGUCGUUGGAAAAUACUUCAUGGAUUGCCACAGCCUACUUCCUCACACUGAGCUCCUUCCAACCGCUGUACGGAAAGAUGAGCGACAUCUUCGGAAGAAAGUCCUGCCUUCUCUUCGGCUAUGCGAUCUUUGGCCUCGGUUGUCUCUGGUGUGGUUUAGCGAGGAACAUGAACGAACUCAUUGCUGCCAGAGCCUUUGCAGGUAUCGGUGGUGGAGGAAUGACGACCGUUGUCUCGAUCAUACUGAGUGACAUCGUACCGCUUCGAGAGAGAGGGACCUGGCAAGGGAUAAUCAACAUCAUCUAUGCCUCAGGGGCUGGCUGCGGUGCACCACUCGCUUUUCUCAGCGUUGCUCUUGUCUUAAAACUUCCCGAGCAAGAAUCCUCGGACUGGAAGACCAAAUUGCGGCGAAUUGACUUCUUAGGCGCCUUCCUGCUCGUAGCAGCGAUUUUCCUCCUGCUCCUUGGAUUGGAUCGAGGUUCAAAUGACUCCUGGUCGGCCCCAAUCACCAUCACUUCGCUCUGUAUCUCAUUCCCAUUGUUCCUUCUCUUUAUAGUUGUCGAGCUCAAGCUGGCGGCCGAACCAUUUGCGCCUGGACGCAUCAUCUUCAAAAGGAGCCUUGUGGCCUGCUACCUUUGCAAUUUUUUCGCGUUCGGAGGAUGGAUGACAGUACUCUUCUAUAUUCCACUCUUCUACCAGGCCGUUGAUGGGUUCUCUGCUACCCAAGCUGGGGUGAGGCUUCUACCAAAUGUUGUCGCUGCCGUCUCGGGAUCUCUUUCUGGUGGCCUCCUGAUGCAGAGGACGGGAAAGUACUAUUGGCUCACUGUUCUGGCAUAUUCAACCUCGACCUUCGGAACCCUCCUGAUCAUCCUGUGCACAGGAUUGGUAGUCAACAAUACGUAUGGUAUCUCGGUUGGACUCGUCAUGGGUGGUUUCUGCCUUGGAAUCGGAACCACCACUACCCUAAUCGGGCUGAUCGCCAAUGCUGCACCAGAAGAUCAGGCCAUUGCGACAGCGUGCUCGUACUUAUUCCGGUCUCUUGGUUCCGUUGUAGUCUUGUCUUUAACUGCCAGCGUCGUUCAGCAAUCUUUAAAGAACCAACUGCGGGAACAUCUAAGCGGAAAUGACGCGGACGAUAUCGUGAAGAGAGUACGAGAGAGCUUGGACUAUGUCAAGACUUUGGAGCCAGCAGUGCGAGAAGCUGUCCGGCAAUGCUAUGCCAGUUCGACGAGGAACGGGUUUACAUUCUCACUGGGCAUAGCUUGCUGUGCAAUGUUGGCAAGCUGUAAGUCGAAGAUGUGA